AUCCACAUCCCCUUUGCAAGCGAACGCGUGCCGCAGUCUGCAUAUAUACGACCACGACCGCAUUGAGUGGAUGGAUAAUAGCAUCAUUAAUGGGGGAAGUAUCCGAGUUAUAGCUGCUCUCACAUGCUUCGUCGUCAAAAUCAAGAUGGCAGGAACAUUCCAUCCAAGGCCAUAUACCGGGCAGCGAAAAAAGCCCUGAUUUUCAUUUCACCUUGCGCAUAUAAAACCGCUGAGCAUCGCAGCAGGACCUUCAAACUUUUCCAACCAAGUUCGUCGCUUACCGUCUUCAACGAUAGACAUCUCCAGAACCACUUUCCUCUGCCUCUCAUAAAGCAACACGUUGAUCAACGGACGACCCCUCAUACAUCUCCGAGCGCCCAGCCUUUCUCAGCAAAUAUACUCUCCGCCGUGACCUCAAAAACGACAAGCAUGGCGAACUUUCCCACGAUUCUACAAUGCUUCCGGGCCUGGGCUCUCCUUGCAUCGAUCGCUUGGGUGUUGGUCUUGCUGACCUUUGCCCCGUCAGUUUAUGCCGCGCCUGUUCUUCCUCCCGGGACGCUCGUCAAUAUCUCAGUCACUCCGAGCAGUACUGCAAUCUCGCGCCCUCCAGCUGCAACUGAAACCGCAGUCAUACCCGUCGCCGCAACUAAGGGCAAUGACUCCAUUGCAUCCAACCAGCUACUCGUCGACACUGUCGUCGCUCCGGCUCCGCUCGUCGCGGCUCCAAAGCCAGAGCCCACUGUCAUGGCUGUCGAUCUCACCAAUGGAAACGACUCCAUUGCGUCGUUUUCGGGACCUGUUGUCAAAGUGUGAUGGACAUGUGGCCCUAAAUCAACGUGCUGUAGACAGAUGGUACUUCAUCCUAGUUGGACCUCUAUAUAUCCUUCCUUCUAUCGUCCUUGCGUCGUCGUAUCUGGUCGUCUCCCUUUGUACAUAUGUAACAUUCAUUUGAAUGCAAAAAGAACGGAAACCAACCGCAUCGCACAUAUCACUUGAC